GUUCGCCAGGGCGAAACAACCCAGGAACAAGACGGCCGUGGCUCGACGGACAAGACGCUCCUCGACCUCCCCAACGAACUCGUCCUGAUCAUUGCAGGCUUUCUCGACCCGGCGUCUCGGGUGCUCUUCAGCCUCUCGUGUCAUCGGUUUCGGGGUCUGCUCACCUCUCACCUCGACUUGACGCUUGAUGGUGACCGGGACACCAAGUUUCGAAUGUUACAGCUUCUCGAGCUCGACCAUCCGGGCUUCCUCACUUGCCGCUAUUGUGGUCUUUUGUAUCGUUGGCGGACGAGGGCCUGCUUCCAGUACAGAUGUCCACGUCACCACUCGUCCAAGGAUGUCUACCUAUCUUACUGUCAAUACAUUAGCGGGGCCGGGAUUGAGUGUGUUGAAAUGGGGCGAGGUGUGGUCGAUUUGAUUCUGCGAGCCUCCGAGCAUGGCCCCGAAUAUGGUGUGCCUGUGUCUAUCUUGAACAUCAGCGGUAUGGAUUGGCAAGGCGUCCCACGAAGGAACGAGGGACGGCUGGUGGACGGUCAACUCAUCUUGGCCAGUCACACGCGGGUGGAAAUAGAACCAGGAGGAGAAAUGACGACGAUGAGAAGUCUCCUGGGCAGGAAUGCAUGCCUUCAUCUACAUUGUACCUACGGACCCGUUGAUUUGACGUUGAAACCUCUCGAGCAAGUCGUCGCGAGUAUGAUAGCCGGCUCGGAAGUAUCGCAAGUUUUCAAGUGUCCGUUCUGCGAAACCGACCACCAAUUAGACAUGCGAAAAGGCGACGGGGGUCGAACCACUAUCGCCCUGAAUGUUUGGAGGAACUACGGACGAAGAUACCAGAACGGGCUGCCCAAUGAGCAGAUUUUUCAUCGGGAACCUCAGUUGCGGCUUGAUGCCAGGACACUCUCGCAAAGGGAUCUUCGAGCGGUCUUUGAGUCGGACAAGGAACACAAUCCAGAUUUUGAGCCAUAUCAAUCC